AUGCCACCGAGUAAUAAUUCAACGCGAUCCGACGAAGCCAAUGAAACUACUCCUUUGGUAUUAUCCACAGAUCCAGUCUCGUUCACUCGAGGACGUACGGGAUCUGUAGUUUCAUACACCAUGGUCAACCAAAAGUGUGCCAACGUCUCGAAUCGAGACGGCAGUGUAGCUCGAUCGACCAAGAGGAAACUUUUAUUUGCUACCGGAUUGGCACUUUUAUUUUUUGCUACCGAAUUGAUUGCCGGUUACUUUGCUAAUUCGCUAGCGUUAAUGUCCGAUGCCUUCCAUCUGCUGUCGGAUGUAGCCAGUUUCAUUGUUGCAUUGGCUGCAAUUUACCUGGCAGAGAAGCCACCUACAAAACGCCAUACUUUUGGUUUUCACCGUGCCGAGGUGAUCGCGGCCAUGGUUUCCGUAUUCACUAUCUGGGUGCUGACUGCAUUUUUGGUGCGUGAGGCAAUCGAGCGGAUCAAAUCUCCUCAAGAGAUCAAUGCACGUUUGAUGUGUUUGACAGCCUCCAUUGGCGUAGUUGUCAAUAUCAUCUUGGCGUAUGUUUUAGGUGGCCAUCAUCAUGGCCAUAGUCACGGUGACGACAGCCACAGCCACAGCCAUAGCCAUAGCCAUGAUGAUGAGGAAGAAACGCACAGCCAUGACCAUGACCAUGACCAUGACCACGACAACGACAGUACUCCACACAAGGAGACCAACAUCAAUCUUCGUGCUGCAGCACUCCAUGUCGUGGGUGAUUUACUGGCCUCGAUUGGCGUUUUGAUAUCAUCCAUUGUUUUGCUUUUCAAGCCAGACUUGACCAUUGUGGAUCCAAUCUGCACCUUUGUCUUUUCAUUGCUCGUCCUGUACACCACAUACCAUCUUGUUCGCGAUUCGCUGGGUGUUCUGAUGGAAGGUACACCCGGCCAUAUUGAGCCUGAAGCCAUCCAGCGAUCCCUUGAGAACAUCCCCGGCGUUGUAGCCGUGCAUGAUCUGCAUGUGUGGACCUUGUCGCCGGGCAAAAGCUCAUUGACGGCUCACAUCACCGUUUCGCGCGAUGCAGAGCUUAGUUACGACGAGAUCCUUGCGCGUGGACAACGCAUCGUUUGCGAUCGGUACGGUGUUCAUCACUCGACGCUUCAAGUCGAAUCAGAACAAGCCAACUUUACGAGCCACUGUCGACCCGAGAUUUGCACACCCGUUCAUGAGUAUUAG